AUGAUUGUUCUCAGCGUUUUCGAAAAGCUCGACCUGGUGCGGCUACUGCUUGUCGUGGUCCCUCUUAUUACAAUUUACAACUGCUGCCGAAAUAUUGUGUAUGCAUACCAGCGAGGCCUUUCCGUACGAGAAUAUCUACGCGUGGCGCUUGUGCGCACGAUGUUGACAUGUCUGACGCCGCGACAAAUCGUCGCCAUUCUACCUUCCACAGAGCAGACUUUCAAAGCUUGGACGAAAUCUGUCUCUCGGAGGCUACAAGCCGCGCGAUGCGAACAAGUCUUUGUCACUGAAGCGCCGUCCUUCAUACAAGCCAAGAACCUACAUUGGAUCAGACACAAGCAUGUGCGCACCUCCAAAGUGCUCCUUUUCCUUCACGGCGGAGGAUAUAAUGCGCCUUUGUCCUCGGGCCAUCUUGAAUGGUGUUUGCGCAUGGCUGAAUCGUCCCAAGGCACGCUUUCCAUCGCUAUUCUGGAAUAUUCGUUGACGCCAGAGUUCAUGUAUCCCACGCAACUCAAGGAAGCGCGGGAUGCUUUGAGUCUCUUGCUACAUACUGGGGUUCGGCCGUGCGACAUAUUCAUCGCGGGAGACUCGGCCGGCGGAAACCUUGCUCUCGCGUUGCUAUCGUUGGCCAUGCACCCGCUCCCAUCGGUCGAUCCUCUUCAUCUCGAUGAACCGUUAGCUGGAGCCAUAUUAGUGUCACCAUGGCUCACGGAUGAUACCACAACGCCGUCUUUCGAGCGGAAUGCUUACGUUGACAUGCUUUCUCCGCAACUAGUCGAGCAGAGCGCACGCAUAUUUCUUUCUGAGCCUAUCAGGAGUGCUGAGCUUAAAAACGGUCAAGGCUGGGCAUUGCCUUUGUUUGCAGGAUCGGAUUGGUGGAAUGGCCUGGACUCAGUAGUCAAAGCCAUGUACAUCACGGUCGGUGCACAAGAAAUGUUCCAUGAUCAUGUCGUUGAAUUCACAAAGACUUUACAGGCAGGAAUCGAGUCUCGUCAUUCUGCGACAAGCGUACAUCUUGAUGUCGGGGAAACAGAAGCGCACGACCAUGUGCUCACGUUGGCGAUGAGCCGCACAGAGAACAAUCCACCUCUGGAAAGGAUGAUCAUCUGGUUACGUGGGAGAUUAGAAAACCCAUAA